UCCUCAUUUUAUUUAUGCAUUGAUUUUCUCACUGAAAUGUAAGGCGUUGGCACUGCCAUCAAAAUGUAGCCAGUGGACCGGAAGCAUCAGCCUCACCCAAGUGCAGGUUAAAACUGCAAAUCCUCAGGCCCAACCCCGACUUGCUUAAUCAGAAACUGUGGGGGCAUAGACCAGGAAUCUGUGUUUGCACAAGUCGUAUAAGUGAUUAUAAAGUCUAAGCAGGGCUGAUCUAGGAUCCAUUAUUAGGGCCGCCUCUGGGUUGCAGCCAGCCCUCUUUAAAGGAGCGUACAGUGGAGCCUGGGAUCACAGGUUAGACCGUGUAAGAACCAAAGGGCAGCGCGCCUCCCCAGAACACCCUCCCCGCGCAGGCAGCUUCGCCCGGACCCCUCGACUGGGUUGGGAGGGGCGGCCGGACGGGGCGGGCCGGAGGCUGGCGUCCACGCCUUCCCAGCAUUCGGCUCGCCGCGUCGUGCCGUUCUCCCGCUUCCUUUCCUUUUCGUUCCCCUCCUUCUUUCUUUCCUUCCUUCCUUCCGCCGGGAGCGAUGGAGUCGGGGCGCCGGGCGGCCGCGGCACUGCUGGCGCUGCUGUGCGCUGGCUGCGCGCUGCGCUCCGGGCGCGCUCAGUACGAGCGCUACAGCUUCCGCAGCUUCCCGCGGGACGAGCUGAUGCCGCUCGAGUCGGCCUACCGGCACGCGCUGGACCAGUACAGCGGCGAGCACUGGGCGGAGAGCGUGGGCUACCUGGAGAUUAGCCUGCGGCUACACCGCCUGCUGCGCGACAGCGAGGCCUUCUGCCACCGCAACUGCAGCGCGGCGCCGCAGCCUGAGCCCACCGCCGGCCUCGCGCGCUACCCGGAGCUGCGCCUCUUUGGGGGCCUGCUGCGCCGCGCACACUGCCUCAAACGCUGCAAGCAGGGCCUGCCAGCCUUCCGCCAGUCACAGCCCAGCCGCGAAGUACUGGCCGACUUCCAGCGCCGAGAGCCCUACAAGUUUCUGCAGUUCGCCUACUUCAAGGCAAAUAAUCUCCCGAAAGCCAUUGCUGCUGCUCACACCUUUCUAUUGAAGCAUCCUGAUGAUGAAAUGAUGAAGAGAAACAUGGCUUAUUACAAGAGCCUGCCUGAUGCCGAGGACUACAUUAAAGACUUGGAAAGCAAGUCGUAUGAGAGCCUUUUCAUCCGAGCUGUGCGGGCAUACAAUGGUGAGAACUGGAGGACGUGCAUCACGGACAUGGAGCUGGCCCUUCCCGACUUCUUCAAGGCCUUUUAUGAGUGUCUGGCUGCCUGCGAGGGUUCCCGGGAGAUCAAGGACUUCAAGGAUUUCUAUCUUUCCAUAGCAGAUCAUUAUGUGGAAGUUCUGGAAUGCAAAAUCCAGUGUGAAGAGAACCUCACCCCAGUUAUAGGAGGAUAUCCAGUGGAGAAAUUUGUGGCUACCAUAUAUCAUUAUUUGCAGUUUGCCUAUUAUAAGUUGAAUGACCUGAAGAACGCGGCCCCCUGUGCCGUCAGCUACCUGCUCUUCGAUCACAACGACAAGGUCAUGCAGCAGAACCUGGUGUAUUACCAGUACCACAGGGACAAGUGGGGGCUUUCGGAUGAGCAUUUCCAGCCCAGACCAGAAGCAGUUCAGUUCUUUAAUGUGACUACACUCCAGAAAGAGCUGUAUGACUUUGCUAAGGAAAACAUAAUGGAUGAUGAUGAGGGAGAGGUCGUGGAAUACGUGGACGACCUCUUGGAGCUGGAGGAGACCAGCUAGUCUAGCAGCCAGAGAGACUUCCCCUCGGUGUUCAGGAAACAGAUUCUUCGUCUUCCUUUUCCCAAUAGUUGAUACCUCGGAGCCUCUCUUUACUCUGUGAAGCGAAAGGGAAGCCCCCAUCUCUCACUACAUCUAACCAGGGUUGAGCCUGCCUUCCCUGUGUCCACACUUGCCUCCUUAUAGCCACGCUCGCCCUGCCAUCUUCCCACCUGUCUCCCCAUCUUCUCACCUGUCUCCCCAUCAUUACACCUGCCUCCCCCAUGUCCACACCUGUGUUCCCAUUGUCACACCUGCCUUCUCCAUUUGUAUACCUGAGAAAGUCACCAUUUUGGUUAGAAGGACACUUCUCCAUGGUUUGUGUUUUACCGAAAAAUCAGUAUUAUUUUUUAAAUAAGAAAAAUACACCUAAAAGAUGGGAGUUAUAAAAAGCCUACUUGAGA